GUCCAUCGUCUCCGACUCUAUCUCCAGUGACCCCUGACAUAUUACUGACCUCGAGAAAAGGAUGUAGUGGGAUUUAUUGCAAGGUGGGAAGCUCAAUCUUGAUACGUGAUCUACACGCUUACAUUGGCUUGAAUGCCAUGCUAGUGCUCAAGAUUUUGCACGGGCCUACGAUAUUAGGACUCGUGCUUUCCCAAGUUCCAGUACCUUCGAAAGCAGUCUUCUACACGACCAAUGCUCGACUUUUGUCUGCUGGUCCUUACCUUGACCAAAUUAUAUUAUCGCAGAAUCGCGCCAUAUCAACGAAAAACUUAUCGCUCGAGACCUCAGAAAGGCAAACGAGAAUCAACUCAAGGCACUGCGUCGCCAUUUCAUUAGCUAUUCGUUUCCCAAGGAGCUUAUCCCAACAUGCGCUUCAAUCGUCCGACUCAGAUACGACGGUUUUCCCUAUUGACUUCAACAGUUUUCUUGGUGAUACAAAGUUCCAAAAGUUGUUGCGGGAUGAAAUAAAUACCUGGGGAAAACAGGUCAUCAAUAGCGCACGCAGGCUACUUGGAUACAAUGAAGAUGAUGGGUCCUACAAAAGUGAAAAAGAUAAAGCCACGAGGAAGACGAGGUGGGAAAGGAAGCGGAAAGGGAGGACAGGC